AUGCGCAGACAGCACGCAAGGAUCUCAGCAGAUAACCUCAUUAGGCGCUUGUAUACAGAGAUUGCGACAUUGAAGUGGAAGAUAGACAGUUAUGAUGCUUGGUACUGGUCUUGGGCGAAGGCGAAGCACGAACCCAAUGUCAUCAGCUACAACGACGAGGAGUCUUGUACGGUGGCAGUGGCGGAGGCGAAGCACGAGCCCAACGCCAUCAGCUACAACGGCGACGAUCCUGCGAAGUCUUGUACGGCGGUGGUUGGGGACGCAAAGCACGAGCCCAAUGUCAUCAGCUGCAACGACGUGAAGUCUUGCACGGUGGCAACGGCGGAGGCGAAGCACGAGCCCAAUGCCAUCAGCUACAACGACGACGUCGAUCCCGCGCAGUCUUGUACGGCGCUAGUGGCGGAGGCGAAGCACGAUCCCAAUGUCAUCAGCUGCAACGACAUGGAGUCUUGCACUUUGGCAGUGGUGGGGGCGACGCACGAGCCCAAUGCCAUCAGCUACAACGACGACGACUCCCCGCGAAGUCUUGUACGGCGCUUAGUGGCGAAGGCGAAGCACAAGCCCAGUGUCAUCAGCUACAACGACAUGGAGUCAUGUACGUGGGCGGCCACGCCCAUCACGACCGCGUCCUCGACGCUGUUCCGCGGGCCUGGCGGCGGCCUCGCGGGCGCGCCGCUGCAGUGGCGGCGCAACGAGCCCGAGGCGCAGCCGCGGCGGGACGAGGACGGGGCGCCGGGCGCAGAGGCGGCGUCUCCGCCGCGCUGGUCCGCACUGCGAGCGCGGUCGCCCCAGCCGCCGCGCGACGAGGCCGCAGUCAACAGCCCGGCGGCCGCCGGCCUCGGCGGCUCUGCGGGCCGCGGCCGCCCGCGCGCGGGCAGCUCGCCGCGCGAGGGCCCGCCGCGGUGGUCGGCGCUGGCGCUGCGUUCGCCGCCGCGCCCCGGCUCGGCGGCGGGCGCGGAGCCCGCCCAGGCCACGCCGCCGCCCGGCGGCGGCGGCGGCGCCGCCGCCGCCGCCGUGCCGCCGUCCACGCCGCCGAGUCGCCGCCGCUGCUCGCCGCUGUCGCCCGCGGAGGCGCCGGCGGCGGGUGGACGGUCGGCGGCCUCUGCGAGCGCGCCAGGCGCGGGGGCGACGGCUCGCGCGGCCGCGGAGGCCGAGGACGCGCUCAACGCGACCGAGGCGGCGGCGCCUCCCGCGCCGCGCGACAACGCGGGCGCGGCGCCCUUGGCAUCGCCGAGGGCGGCGCCGAGGGAGGACGUGUCCGUCGAGGAGCGGCGGGCCGCGGCGUUGCUGGCGGGGCUCCUGGAGGGCUAGCGGCUAGGGCCGUGCGGGGGCAAAAGGGGCGGGGCGGGCGGCGGGCACCGCUCGCACGCACACGCCGGGCACGCCUCACCAGAAGAUCAACGAUCUGGGGACGAGUUGCCGUGCUCUCUGGGCAAUUUCUGCGCAAGUUGUGCCUAUGUCUUAUGGUUCUUCCCAAGCUCGCCCGUCGGAGGACAUGCCCGACCUGAACGCAGUGCCCCC